AUGGCUAUCUUGAAAGCACUUUUGAGCUACCCGGUCGAUGUCGACUCUGAUGUUCGUCAAGUCUCGAUUGACGAGAUGGCUUCCCUCGACUUCCACGACCUUGUUGUUCUUCGCGAGAAGUCAAGAGACGAACCGCCCUCUCCACCACCUCAACCACCUCCAAGUCCUUCUGGCUGGAGCCGUCCUUCAGAUCCUGACAUGGUUUCCAUGGGCUCGGCCUGCACCUUCACAUCUGAGUGA